AGAAAAAGACAAACACAGAAGAGCUGAACGAGGAAUAUAAUGCGUAUGAUGCUGCAGAUCAGAGGAAAUACUAACAUCUUUUUUUAAAUCUCUCUCCAUCUCAUUUUUAUUCUGCAGCAUCUCACUCCUUGUCUGUCUCUUUAGCGCAUUUGGCUAAGUGCCUCUGAUCUCAUCUCCUGAGUGCACCAGGACUGAAUUCAAAUUGGGAAUGUGCAAGACUGAGUAAGGACUUUUCAGGGAACUCUUGCCAGAGAGAUAGAGAGAGAUAUUAGAAGGAGAAAGAGACUAGAAAAGAGAGCAAACUGAGGACACACUGGGACUCAGUGUGGACCUGAGAGAGACGGAGGAGAGUGGUGAGUUGAAAAGGUAAGAUGAGUCUAAACAACGGUCAAACUCUGACCGCCAGAGAACAGGUCCUGACUGGAAAUAACAGUAGCAGCAGCAGCAACCGAGCUGCCUGGGAAGAUGCUAGGGUGGUUUUGAAGCCCUCCACUCCCACCAGGAAACCUAAACCACCCAAGCCGGAAAAUGCCAUUACCAUCGCCGUGUCCUCACGAGUCCUCUUCCACAUGGAGAAGGAACAACAGAUCUACAAGCAACAAGGCAUGGAAGAGUACAUCAAGUAUCAGGUGGAGCAUGAAAUGCAGCCUUUCAGCCCUGGGCCUGCCUUCUCCUUUGUCAAGGCUCUGGAGGCUGUGAACACUCGACUAAGGGAGCUUUACCCUGACAGUGAGGAGCUUUUUGAUGUUGUGCUCAUGACCAACAACCAUGCAUACGUUGGCCUAAGACUCAUCAACACCAUCAAUCAUCACCAGUUGUUCAUCGAGCGUUUCUGUAUGACAGGGGGAAACAGUCCCAUAGGCUACUUGAAGGCCUACCACACAAACCUUUACCUGUCUGCUGAUCCCGUCAAGGUCCGAGAAGCUCUGGAGGAAGGUAUAGCAGCAGCCACCAUGUUCACCCCAGAGAAGAUAACGGAAGUGUCGGAGACUCAGCUGCGUGUUGCCUUUGAUGGUGAUGCCGUCCUCUUCUCUGAUGAGUCUGAGCGCAUUUAUAAGGCCCAUGGACUGGACAAGUUCUUUGAGCACGAGAAGGCACACGAGAACAAGCCUCUGGACCAUGGACCAUUGAAAGGUUUUCUGGAGGCUUUAGGAAAACUGCAGAAGAAGUUUUAUGGCAAAGGCCAGCGCAUGGACUGCCCCAUCCGGACCUACUUGGUGACAGCUCGCAGCGCAGCCAGUUCUGGUACCAGAGCCUUAAAAACUCUGCGUUCGUGGGGUCUGGAGAUCGAUGAAGCUCUCUUUCUUGCAGGGGCACCCAAGGGCCCCAUGCUUGAGAAGAUCAGGCCGCACAUAUUCUUUGAUGACCAGAUGUUUCAUGUGGAGGGAGCAGCGGAAAUGGGAACAGUAGCGUGCCAUGUGCCGUAUGGAAUAGCUCAGAGAGAUAGCAAGAAAGGAAUUAAAGACAUGGAGACUUCUUCAGGAGCCAAAUAGCCUUGACAUCACUGUGCGGAGGAGACAUUUCAUUUAGGCUUUAACCAGCUGAGGAUGUUUUAUUUAAAAGAGAAAAUGUCCUGGAAAUGGGUUGAGAAUGUCAUAAAACCCCAGGUGAUGCAAUUAAAAUUCCUUCAGUCAUCAGUUAAUGACAUUUCAGUUCAGAGGGUUAUUUUAUCCAUUGGUUCAUCUGUUCAUAAAGA